CCCCAUCUGAAAUCCACCGAUCCAGACUCCCCCUCGGAUCCUCCCCGCUCCCCCCACCCACCAGAUCACAGAUCCCGCCGGCAAGAGGAGAGGCCGAGACGCGGCGCCAUGGACACGGAGCCAUUCGACGAGGCGGAGCUCCUCGCCCUCCCCGCGUCCCCCGCCGCUUCCCCGCCUCGCCGCCUCAAGCGGCUCAAGAAAUCCUCCUCCCAAACCACCGCCACCACUAGCACCACCGUCGCUACCACUACCAGCCCUCCUACCGGCUCCCCGCCUCCGCCCUCGCCACCGCAGCAACAGGCGUCUCCAGGCGGGGAAACCCUAGCUCCGAGCCCGUCCUCGCCCCCGAACCCUUCCCCCCGGCCGCCGACGCCGCCAGAUGCGAAUGCGCCGACCCCGCUGCCCCAUUCCUCUCCUGCUCCCGUCUCCUCGCCGCUGCCGCCGACCGACAGCCCCGAUAACGACGAGGAGGAUGACGGGCUCGACCCGCUGUUCUCGGAGACCGUCGGCGCCGGGGGGUGGGACCCGCUCGGCGCGCCGGCGGAAGGGGAGGACGGGGACGAGGAGGAGCUGCUGGGAGGCGGGCUCAUCGAGGAGCUGCGAAGGGAGAAUUCCGUGAAGAAGCGGCUCGACAUGGACGAAGCCGAGAGGGGAAUGGCUGCAGGGGCGGAGGCCAAGGGGAAGAGGAGCAAGAGGAAGAGGCAGGAGGAGGCGCCCAAGGAGUCGGCACGGGAGAAGAAACGCUCUGAAAAGGAGAGGAGGGCGCAGCUUGAUUCGAUCCACGCCGAGUCGCAGAGGUUGCUGCGAGAAACCAGGAGUGCAUCAUUUAGGCCAAUCGUGCAGCCAGUUUGCAAGCCCAUCUCAUCGCUCCUAGAGAAGAUCCGCCUUCGUAAGCUGGAGAUUCUAAAGAAAUCAAGCACUACUACUGAAGAUAAUGAUGCUGCUUCGGAGCCAGCCAUUGAUUCUGCUGUGCGUUUGGAUGUGCCCCAGGUUAAAGAAGUGACAAGAGAUGAUAAGGAUUUGAGGAUUGAUGGUGUUGAGGAACUUGGAACAAAUGGCCAUGAGCUGGAUCAGUGUGGUGUUGCUGAGGAUGAGGAUGAUUUGAAUUGUAAGGAGAAAGAUCUUCAUACCAAAGCUUCAGAUGAGGAAGCUUCUGAUAGAUCGCAAGAGAAUCAUGAGGAGAAUACUCAGUCAAGUGAGAAACAUAAUGAUUCAGUAGAUCAGACUCAACUGCCCCCUUCUUCAAGCCCUGCUAAGAAGAGUACAGAUGAUGAAUCUUCAUCAGAAGAUGAAGAAGAAGAAGAUAAUAAUAAAGAGAAUAUAGAACCGAGCACUCAAGAUAAUGAUGUAAAUACUCGUGAACACCUCCAACGAGCUAUUGGAGGAGACUCAUGUCCAGAUAAUGCCAUCCUGAAAGAUUUUCUAGAUGACGAAGCUGAGGAAGAGGAUGAUAGUGAUAAUGACAUGAUGAGAUUUAAGGAUGAUGAUGAGGAUGAUGGAAGUGAUGAAAAUGAAGUUUUUAAUGAUCUGAUAGCAGCUGGCUAUGAAGAAAAAGAAGUAGAUCAUGAUAAGCGUAAUGAACUCCACCAAAAGUGGCUUCAGCAACAGGAUGCUGCUGAAACAAAUAAUGUUAUGCAAAGGCUGAAGUUUGGCCAUCAGGAGCAGAAAUCAGUGCACGAAGAUGAAGAUGAAGAUAUAGAAGACUCUGAGAACGAAUCGGAAAAGGAAAUGUCAUACGAUUUGACUCCGGCAAAUGUUGUGCGGCAGAAUUCUGAAAAGGCAAAACAAAUGAUUGCAAAGAUGUUUGCAGAUGAUAAUGAUACUUAUGAUCACUCUGAUGAUGAAGAGAUAGAGGAAUAUUUGGCCCGUCAACGUAUUUCAAAGCGAGAAGUUGAUAAUAAUACAUUCAUAUCUCCGCUGGAAGAUGACAGCUCAAGGGAAGUAUUUGGUCUAAUAAAGAAGCUCAAUAUCGCUCCUCAGCCAGAGAGGAGAGGGAAACAAUCAACAUCAAAUCACGAAUUGCUUAUGACUGGAAAGAACAGCAGUGCUUCAAAGUCAUCUUUCCUUGGCCGAACUGCCAGUGGUUCAAUGGUGUCUUCUUAUAGAUCAGUUCAUAGAUCUUAUGUAUUUGGCCGUGAUGACAGCAACAGUAGUACCAGGAGCUGCAUGUCUACUUCAGAGAGUUUUUCAGAUAUGGAUCAGACCAAUUCAAGCCAACCUAAGAAGGCAAAGUUUAGCAGUUCACAGCAGAAGCCAGUGGGGCCACGAGCAAAUUCAAAGAGUGAUACGAAUUCAGGUGUUUCCUUAUUUGAGAUCCUGCGCAGGACUUCUUCAGUUACUUCUGAUAGACAAGAGCUUAGCAGUCAGGAAAGCUGUAGUACGAUCACAGAAAGUCAAGCUGUGCAUCAGUUUUCAGCAUUCAAAUUAUCAAGGAGGUUUUCUAGGGUGGGAGCAAGAAACUGACAGCCUCCUUCCCCAGCUAAAACUUGCGGCCAUCCUCAAUCAGAAAAAAGAAUAUACUUUCCAGCGUGCUUCCUUGUUUCCUGUUGCAGUUUUUGAAUUGCUAAUCAUGUGUUUCAUUAGUAUGUGCUGGGGAAUGUACAUUGGAUUUUCUGUAACGCUUAAAGAUGGGUGUCAUGUUUCCUUAUUCUCAGUCCUUUGGCUCUUCAAACGGAUGGUGUCAGUCUGUUGCCAAGUGUAUGGAUUUGGGAGUUGGGACUCAACAGUUGUUGUAGCUUAUGAUCAUAAAAGGAAAGAUUUUGUACGUGGAGACUUGCCAAAA